CUGUUGCAGGCGGAAAUGCUGGUGAGUGUGGAGACCCCGGAGUACCAUCGCAUGGGAUUCGGCAAGGAGAUGACUUUACUAUCGAUGGUGUUGUGAGGUUCAGUUGUGAGGCUGGGUAUGUUCUGCGAGGGUCUGCAGAGAGGAAGUGUCUAAUGAAUGGAUCCUGGAGUGGAUUUCAGCCAGAGUGUGAAGUGAUCUCUUGUGGAAAUCCUGGCACCCCUAGCAACUCACGAGUGAUCUUCAAUGACGGCCUGGUAUUUUCUAGCUCCAUAGUUUAUGAAUGCCGUGAAGGCUACUACUUCAGCGGACCCCUGCGUCGGGACUGCACCGUCAAUGGUACAUGGUCUGGCAGCCCUCCAGAGUGUGCAGUAAUCAACUGUGGGGAUCCUGGCACUCCAGCAAAUGGUAUACGAUUGGACAAUGAUUUCCAUUACAAUCGCACAGUGUCCUUCCAGUGUUUGCCUGGAUUCAUGAUGGAGUCAGAUCGAGCGCCAACUCUGUACUGUACUAAAGACCGCACCUGGAAUGGCACAAAACCUCUCUGCAAAGCUAUCACCUGCCCCUCCCUCCCUCAAUCACCAAUGGAAAAGCUGUCGGAUCAGACUUUCUUUGGGGCUCCAGCCUAUCCUAUGCCUGCUUAGAAGGUUACCAGCUCUCUUUACCAGCUGUUCUUACCUGUGAGAGUAACAGAACAUGGGUAGGAGAGGUUCCACAAUGCUUCCCUGUGUUCUGUGGUGAUCCAGGAAUUCCUCCUCAUGUACGCAGGGUUGAUAGAGGCUUCAGCUACCGUUCCUCCAUAUCUUUCUCCUGUCCUCCUCCUUUGGUCUUGGUGGGGUCAUCACGAAGAUUUUGCCAGUCAGAUGGAACUUGGAGUGGAACACAACCCAGUUGCAUUGAUCCUUCACACACAACAUGUUCUGACCCAGGAAUCCCAACAUUUGGAAUGCAGAACAGCUCCCUGGGUUUUCAGGUUGGAAGCACAGUACUCUUCAAAUGUCAGAAAGGCUACCUGUUGCAGGGUUCUACCACACGGACUUGCUUACCAAACUUGACUUGGAGUGGUAUACAACCAGAGUGCAUCUCUCAUAACUGCCGGCAGCCUGAAACUCCCCCUCAUGCUAAUGUUGGAGCACUGGAUCUGCCAUCUUUAGGUUAUACUUUGAUCUAUACUUGUCAGUCUGGUUAUUACCUGACUGGAGGCUCUGAACAUAGAACCUGUAGAGUGGAUGGAAGCUGGACUGGGAAGCCACCAGUAUGCUCAGCUGAUGUUAGGCCCAGUGGAAAACCCAUUUCCCCAGCUAAAGAACCUCCCAUUCAAAAAAUAUCUGUUCCGGCAGAUGUCUUUGCUAAAGAUUCUCUAUGGAAAGGAUCUUAUGAAUACCAAGGAAGGAAACAACCUGCAAUGCUCACUGUCACCAGUUUUGAUGCUGUGAGCAGUAAAGUUAAUGCCACCAUGAUUGAUCACAGUGGGGUGGAGCUACAAGUGUCAGGUAUUUUCAAAAAGGAAGAAUUUCACCUGCUUCUCCAAGCGUACCAGAUCCGUGGGCCCAAAGAAAUCGUCAUGGAGAAGUUUAAGAUGGACAGCUGGGCUUUGGAUGGCCAUAUCUCAUCUGAAACUGCCGGAGGAACGUAUAUCUACCAAGGAUUUGUGCGUGGAAAAGGAUUUGGCCAGUUUGGAUUCCAGAGGAUAGAUAGGAGAUUACUAGAGACCAAUCCUGACACCAUUGGACACUUUCCAUCCAACAGCAGCUCAGUGGCCGCUGCUAUUCUUGUGCCUUUUAUAGCUCUCAUCAUUGCUGGUUUUGUCCUAUAUCUCUACAAACACAGAAGACCGAAGGUUCCAUUUAAUGGCUUUGCCGGACAUGAGAAUACAAAUGGCCGGGCCACAUUUGAGAACCCAAUGUAUGAACGGAAUGUACAACCCACAGAAAUAGUGGCAAAUGAGACUGAGUUCACUGUUAGCACAGUGUGCACUGCUGUAUAG